GAAAUGUGAAACCGGAAGCGCUAAUUAUAAACAAACCUGGAAGAAAACUUGUAUCAUCACAAAUUGUUUACAUGUUUAAUUUAAUAAAUUUCAUUUCGUUGCUUUGUAUUCUUCAGUGUAUAUAAUGGCAGGAUUAGUGGGGAGUCUAAUUAAUUGGGUUCGAACUUUUAAUAUUGAAGGAAUACCAACAACAGCUGAACAUUUUACUGAUGGAGUUAUUAUUUCAAAAGUUCUUAAUAAUAUCGAUCAAGAAUUUUUUGAUGAUGGUUGGCUUGCAAAAAUAAAGACUGAUGCUGGCUCUAAUUGGCGCUUAAAAGUGAGCAACUUGAAAAAAGUGCUAAAAGGAGUUUUGGACUACUACAAUGAGAUCCUUGGGCAACAAAUUACAGGCUUUCGAAUGCCAGAUGUUACAGCUAUUGGCGAAAAAAAUGAUUCUGAAGAACUUGGGCGACUUUUACAACUAGUUCUAGGCAUAGCUGUUAAUUGUGAGCGCAAAUAUGAAUACAUUCAGGCUAUUAUGGACUUGGAAACUGAUAUUCAGCAUCAUGUUAUGAAUUCUAUUCAAGAGCUGAUGACAAAAGAUAUUCCUGCUGUUGAUUUACAAGACACAUUUACUAAUUUACGUGAUGAAGUAAAAAACCUCACUGAAGAUUUGCAUUCUACUAAAGAAUCAAAAGAACAAAUUACUCAGCGUUGUCAUGAACUUGAUAUGCAAGUUGCUGUUCUUCUAGAAGAAAAGAACAAUUUAUUGUUAGAAAAUGAGAAACUCUUAGAGAGAUUAAACCACAUUGAGAGUUUUGAAGAUCCCAGUACUUUGGCUGGAAAACGAUUCCAUCAAAUGCAACAGAAGCAUGAGUUACUUCAAGAUGAGCUCUUUAAAAUUGAGACAGUUAGAGAUGAAUUAAAAGGUAAAGUUGAAGUACAGCGUAAGGAAAUAAUAGAUCUACAGCAAAAGAAUGAAGAACUCCAGAAACUAGCUGAGGAGUCUCAAGCUAUGAAAGAUGAACUAGACGUUCUUCGUCAUAUUUCCGAUAAAGUUAAUGUCUAUGAAGCUACUAUAGAAUCUUACAAGAAAAAACUAGAGGAUAUGGGUGAUCUCAAACGGCAAGUAAAAUUACUGGAAACUAAAAAUACUCAGUAUAUGCAACAAUGUAUGGAACAAGAGGAAGAAUUGAAGAAAACAUUAUUAAUGAAAUCUCAAAUAGAUAUGUAUAAGAAACAAGUGCAAGAGCUUCAGUUUAAUCUUUCUGAAGAAACUAAGCGUGCAGACAAAGCAGAAUUUGAAACUAAGCGAGCACAUGAGAAGCUAUCAUCAAUUCAACAGGAGAAAGAGAGACUUGUGAUAGAGAGGGAUUCUUUGAAAGAAAGUUUGGAAGAAUUAAGGUGCAUGCAGUUACAAAAAGAAAGUGCCAGUGAUAAUGCUGGUAAUGAGGCUUCCAUCAGUGACAAUGAAUUAUUAGAUGCAGUACCCCCCGAGAUCAGAGAAAAACUUAUCAGACUGCAACAUGAAAAUAAAAUGUUGAAAAUAAAUGAAGGGGCAACAGUUGAUAAACAACUAACUAUUGUACAAAGUCUUUUAGAUGAUGCAAGAUCCAGAAUUAAUGAACUUGAAACUGAUAAUAGGUUAGCUAACCGCCGUAUUAUGGAGCUUGAAGGUCAAAUUGAAGAUCUUCAUACCAAUCAAUCAGCUGUCAACAUUCAAGAAGGAUCUGAUCUUAAGCAAAAAUUAUCCUCAGCCAUGAAAAGACAAAAAGAAGCUGAUGUUGAAAUACAGAACUAUAAUGUUACAAUUGAAUCGCUAGAAAGUCAAGUUGAAGCUUCAGUACGAAAAAAUCAACAGUUACAGGACAUAUUAAAUCACAAAGAUGAAGAAAUUAGAGCCAUGGAAGAGAGGUAUAGGAAAUAUCUCGAAAAAGCAAAGAAUGUUAUAAAAACAUUGGAUCCCAAGAAGAAUCCUUAUUCCCAUCUUGACAUUGUUUCAUUGAAAACUCAACUUUUAGAAAAAGAAAAAAUCAUAGCUAAUUUGGAGAAAGAGGCAGAUAAAGCAAGGGCACUUCAAGAUAUGGAAGAUAAAUUGAUAACAACUGCAUUUUAUAACUUAGGAGCUCAGUUGCAAAAACGAGUUGCAGAAGAGAGACUUACUCAAGCAAGAAACAACCACACAUUUUUGUCUCGACAAAGACAAGUAACAACUAGAUGGACAAAUUUAAAUUCUCAAGGAAGCUACUCAUAAAUUUCAAACCACAAGUUUGAAAUUUGAAAUGCUGUUUUGAAGACUUGACGACUAGUUUUAAGAAAGCAUUUUUUAGUAUUAUUUUUUGUAUUUUAUUAAUCUAUACAAUUUGUUGACCGGUGUGGUAAUGUUAAUGUGGAUCAUUAACACAUUACUGUUUUUAAAAUGUAGCAUAAAUGUUGUCUUUCAAAUUUGAAACUUGGUUGAGAUUUUUUAUGGAAAUUGUACAUAUAUAUAAUAUACUUAAGGAAUGAAUUUAUUGUAUUUAAUAAUAUUGUGGAAUGUGUUUAAUAAUUUUUAAGUUGUUUUAAGAUAAAUCAUUCAUCUAGUAGUAAAAAGAGUAAAUAACUCAAUCUAGAUACUUUUUAUAAAGGAGACACAUUGUUAAUAAUUCUCUGUCUCUUCAAAAUAAUUUAUAUUCCAUUAAUUUAUAUGAAAAAUGUUAAUAUUUGCAGCUGUGAUGAAAUAUUAAAUUUAUUCUUUA